AUGAGGAGAUACACAGCGGAAGAGAAAGGCAAAGGCUUGGCAUCCAAGGAUACAAGCAGACCCCGCUUUCGCAUCAGAGCACCGGAUUUUGACCCCUCUGAACUCAUAAAAGACAACCUGCUCACACUGGUAGGAAGACUUACCAACCCUAAGGAGCAGAAGAUGAAUCUUGUGCUGCCUUUUCUCCCCAAAAAAUGGAACCUAGUUGGAAGAACGGAUGGUUCAGACUUGGGAAAUGAUGUAUUCCAAUUCCGUUUUGAGGAUGAAGCAGACCUGCAAAUGGUCCUACGAAACCGCCCCUACCACUACGGACGCUGGAUGCUACUCAUACAGAGAUGGGAGCCAGUCAUCUCGGCUUCCUUCCCCUCUCAAAUACCCUUUUGGAUAAAUAUCAGAGGCAUUCCCCUCCACUACUGGCACGAGAAAGUGGUAAGCAAUAUUGGAAGGGAGAUUGGACAUUUGGAUGCUUAUGAAGUCACCAAAUCUUCAGCACGAGUCAGAUGCACCAUUGAUGGACUCAAACCCCUAAUCAUGGAACCAGUUCUAGAUUUCGACUCAGGGGAAGAAAGCAACAUCUAUCUAGAAUAUGAAAAUCUUGGUAACCACUGCUCCUACUGCUUCCGUCUAACCCAUCUGCAAUCGCAAUGCCCGGAAAAACAACAGGAUCUGUCGUCUAGGAGAUCCCUUACACAACUGCCGUCUCCCGCAAGAAACGACUUACUUCCGCCGCCAACUUUUCCGAUGAUCUCUGCAAGGAAUGAUGUUAAAGCACGUACUAACUAUCGAGAACGACUAGACCGGUACGGAAACCCUUUUGGAGACAGAGUCUCAACACAAGUAAACAGAGUUCAAGGGCCAAGGAACAAAAUAGCACCAUCAUAUGCUCCCAUAAGACCCCAACGUGAGGAAAUGGUGUACCGUCCAAAGGAAGUUACGUCUCAACACAAUACCUCCCCUUCAUACUCCCAUCGCAGAAAACUGCCAGCUCCUGGCCAAACUACACCUGAUAUCUCAAAACAGACGCAAAGGGUUUGGAGGAGUAAAACACCCCCAGCGAUGGAUUCAGUUAAUGAUGAGGUUCAUAGUCCAAUGCAAACACUGCGUCCUCUUGAGCGUAACUUAGAUGCAGAUUUUCAUCAAGGACAGCUCCCAACAGUGGAAGAAGUGUUGGACGAAAUUAAUGAAGCAACACGGUUGUACACAAAUGUGGAUGACCCGGUAGAAAGAGCAGCAAGACAACAACGAGUCCUGCAAAGUGAGAUAGAUGGGUCAGUCGAGGAAACAGUGGAAAGAAUAAUCCAACACUCUGCAGCUUCUCUCGGGAUUACCACAGAUCCUAUUAUCACUCUGCCUCCAUCUGCUGCUACAGAACAAGACAUGGAUGGAACUUCCCAGGAAACCACAGCACCAAAACGACGAGGAAGACCACCACGGGCGCGAUCAGCACGUACGAUUCAACUCAGCCCCCGAGUUUUUCUGGGUACAUCUCUGAGGAGGCGAAACCUGUCACAAGUGGGAGCAUCUCCGGGUUCUUCUAAACAAGCUGCUACUAGACCUGCAGAUUCAUCAACUCAGGCUCUGCCGGCACAAAUCCCUUCGAGUUCUGGAGGAACCUCAAGAGUAUCAGCUAACAAACGUCCUCGGUUGGAUUUUCCCGAGGAUCGUCUCCAUCUUCCUUAG